AGGGAGUGGAGGUGAAGGGUGUGACUCUGACACACACUGCAUCAUACCAUCCAGGUGGGACAGUGUUUAUAAAGCCGCAGUCUGGCAGCACACUCACUUCAAUGCAGCAGAUAACAGAGCUGACAGAGAACAGACUCCAGACUUUUUCAUAAGAGGAACAGGACAUGAGAACACUUUUACUUCUAGCUGCCAUAGCUGCAGUAUCACAGGCCCAGACGGACUGCUCUCAGGGGGCUUGUUACCCACCCAUCAAUGACCUGCUCCUGGGGAGGGCUCACCAGCUCCAUGCCUCCUCAACCUGCGGUCUCACAGGCUCCGAGGUGUACUGUACCCCCUACCAACAGAGGAGAAUGAAGUGUUGUCCAUGUGACUCCAGGAACCCAAACGGUCAGCUGGCCCACACGGUCCAGGAUGUGUUGUCCACUUCUGGACCAGAUAGAUGGUGGCAGUCCAGGAAAGAGGUGAAUCCAGUCACUCUCCAGUUGGACCUCAACAACCUGUUCCAGCUUGACAACCUAGUGCUCAGCUUCAAGGGUCCUCGCCCCAGUGUCUUUGUUAUAGAGAAGACACUGGAUAACGGCAGGACGUGGCAGCCUGCUCUCUACUUGGCUACAGACUGUCAAAGAUCUUUUCCUGGCAUUCCCACCAGUACACCUCUUUCCCUGGAUGAAACAUACUGCUACACACUGCCCCCUACUGGAGGAAACCCCUACCAAGAUCACAUAAUCCAGUUUAGUCCUUUGCGUCAGUAUGCUUAUGUCCCAGCUCCCGACAGCCAAAAAAUUGAAGAAGUGUCUGGGUUAACGGGACUGAGGGUGAGGCUGACUGAGCUCGGCGAUGUGCCACAUGUACCAGGCAGAGCUCUCAGUAGGUUUUACGCCCUAAAAGAAAUGAGAGUGAUGGGCAGCUGUAUGUGCCAUGGACAUGCCAACCAAUGCCUGCCAGAAGUCUACAACAGCCCACUGUCCAACACCAUAGAGGUGAAUCCUCAGGUAAAUCCUCAGUGUGACUGCCAGCAUAACACAGCAGGGGUGAACUGUGAGCGUUGCGCUGAUCUCUAUAAUGAUCUGCCCUGGAGACCUGCAGUGGAAGGCAACACUCACACCUGCAAACGCUGUGAGUGCAACAACCACGCCCAACGCUGUCACUUUGACCAGGCGUUGUACGAGGCCAGUGGGCGGAGGAGUGGAGGUGUGUGUGAGGGUUGCAUGCACCACACCACAGGACCCAAGUGUGAUCAGUGUGCCCCAGGUUACCAGCCAAACCCCCGCAGCCGCAUGGACCGUCCGGAUGCUUGCACGCGCUGUAUCUGCAGUUCUGAGGGGACAGUGAAUGGGGGCCGCUGUGACGACAGCACAGGCUCGUGUCAGUGUAAAGUGAACGUUGAAGGUCCCCGCUGUGACCGCUGUAAGAGAGGCUACUAUGGCCUGAGCGCCUCCAACCCUCUGGGCUGCUCCAGAUGUUCCUGUUCUCCAGAAGGGUCACUGUCAGAUAUCUGUGACCCAGUGACCGGCCAGUGUCCCUGUCGUCCCCACUUCCAUGGCCAGACCUGUGAAGCGUGUUCAAAAGGCUACUGGAACCCAUUCCUGUCAGGACGCUGCGAACCCUGCGGCUGUGACCCCACCAGGUCAUACAGUGAUACUUGUGACCAGGUGACCGGUCAGUGUCAUUGCAGACCAAGCUUUGGGGGCCGAACGUGUACUGAGUGCCCAGAGAAUACAUACGGAAACCCUCUCAUAGGCUGCCAACCGUGCCGGUGUGAUGCUGAGGGAACUCUUUCAGAUGUUUGCGACAAGCAGACAGGGUCCUGUUUGUGCCGGCCGGGAAUCACCGGGGCUCGCUGUGACUCCUGCAGUCGAGGGCACUGUGACUCCUUCCCUGCCUGCGAGACAUGUCCCUCCUGCUUCUUCACCCUGGACGCCCAGAGACAGAACCUCAGCUUAGCUCUGGAGAGACUGUCUGCCAGCGUCCCUUCUCGUCCUGGAGGUGAUGGUGAUCUUGGAAACUUCGGGCCCCGCAUCCGCGCCCUUGAGGCCAGCCUGAACCUGAUCCGGGACUCCAUCACCCUUCCACUCAGUACUGCCAGACAGAUUGAUGACGCUCUGUCCCAACUUGACAAGCUGAGGGACCAGGUGGACAUGGUUAACAAUGACCUUUCACCCCUGAAGAAAACCCCUGGUCUGGACUCAGAGCUGGACAAACUGCAAGCUCUGCUGCUCAGCCUCACUGUGCAGUACAACGCCAAGAAAGACGCAACGGAGAACUCUGGCAAUGCAGAAGGAUUUUCUGCCAUCAAGAAAGCCUAUGAUGAGUCUACAGAUGCGGCAAAGAAAGUGGAUGACAGUGGAAACACAGUGAAGGAGUCAGCUAAUGCUAGAGAAAAGACUAUAAACCUUCAAAAUGAAGUACAGCCAGCCAACACCAGAGAUCUGGACAAACUGAACCAGAGCAUGGCCUCCCGACCUGACCUCACUCCUGCUGCCAAACAGGUGUGUGGCAGUGUUCGUACAGAGCCCUGCACCCCUCUCCAGUGUGACGGCGGAGAGUUGUGUCCACCAAAGGGAACCCCACCUUGUAAAAAGGGGGAAAAGUGUGUGGGUGCCCUGCCUCUGAGCAAGAGGGCUGACGCUGAUGCUAAGGAUGUGAAAGAGCGACUGGAUAAGCUCACUGGGAAGAUCACAGAGGCUGCAGAGAAGCUCCAGAAAACACAGGAGACAACCAAUCAGGUGAGACAGUCUACAGAGAAACUGUCCAAUAAGAUGAAGCAGACCAGAGACGAGCUGGAAGAGGACCUAAAAGAGGCGCGUGACGUUGUAAAAGAGCUCAAAGAUUUCCUGUCAGACCCGUCCUCCAACCUGACCCACAUCCAGGAGGUGAGCGACUGGAUCCUGAAAGCCAAACUGCCUCCCAACCUGGCUGCUCUGAAGAGGAAGCUGGAGGAGCUGAAGAAUCUGGCGGCUAAUCUCCCAGACAGCACGGCUGUGUUGAACAAGGCCGAGCCGCAGCUUGUCAAAGCCAGGAAACUGCUGCAGGAAGCCCAGGACGCCAGGGACACUGCACUGGGCGUAAAGGCCGACGUGGACGGGUUGCUGACAGGCUUCGGCACGGCGGAGGGCUUACUCUCUGACCUGGAGGACAAGCUGCAGAACAGCAUGGAUCUCAUAGACAACUUGAACAACAACCUAACUGAGGCCAAAAACCAGCUGAGCCCAGCAGAGAAGGCUCUUGAUGAUGUCUCGACACUGAUAAAGCCAAUGAAACCUCAACUGGACGAGCUCAAAGACCUGCUGGAGAAUGGAGACCAGCAGGCCCAGGAUGCACAGGAAGAUGCAGACAAAGCUGAGGAUGAAGCAGCUGCUGCAAACGAGGACCUGUUGUCUUUAAAGAAGCAGCUGGACCGUCUUAAAGACGAGGCCGCAGCCGGUGGGUCCGAUAAUGAAGCUGGGCCCGUGGAGGAUCGACUGGCGAAGCUGCAACAGGAUGCUGUAGCCCUGGUCAACACCACUGACAACAUGAUGAAUGCUUUGGAAGGAAAGGCAGAUUCCCUCAGGGGGCUGCAGGACGAGGUCCUUCAAAAGUCAACACAGCUUGAAGGACUUGAUGCUAAGCUGAAAGACCUUUUGGCAGCACUUCGAAAGAAAGCCCUCGACCUCAGCACCUGCCAGGGCUGAAAGUCACCCAGCUGCCCUCUGAGCAGCUUCUGCCGCUGCUGUCUCUACAACUCAUGUCUAUCACCAACACCUUCAACUGGCCGAAAAAGUUUUCAGUUUGGAGAAUUCCUCCCUAACUCUGGAAUUUUGCAAUUACAAGAACAUUGAUACUCUACAAUUGUGGGAAUUGUUCAAAAUCCUUAUCUGGGGUUGAAUGAGAUAAGAUGCUCGUCACUGUAAAUAACUUCAAAGUGUAGUGAUAAGCAACAUUGUCAAUAUAGGGGGGUGCGCUAUUUAAUUAUCAGAAAUCCACAUUGUGCGUAAAAACCUUUUGAAAGCACCAAUAGUAUCACAUUAUAUAGGCACAUAUCACUAUUUAAAAAUGUUAUAUAUUUUAUAUAUCAAAACAUUGUGAUAUUGUGAGUUUGUCUUUAUAAUUGUCAUCAUUUAGCAUCUAGAAAAAGGCCACAGCUUCUGACUUUCUGACAGCUCUGCAAAAGCCAACACAAACCAUAUUUAUCAGCAGCAAUACACUCCACUGUGAACACUGCAUCACAAUUAUUGUAUUUGUCCGAACUGGAGAUGGGAUGAAUGUUACAUUAUUUAUUUGUCUGUUUUUCAUCUGCUGAAUCCACAGUAUUUAAAUGAAAGCCUGUUGAUACUUCGUUUUAAGUCUUAAAGCUUCAUGAGAGAGGCCAACAUGGUACUGCAGCUAUUCAUUCGACACAGGAAAAAGCAUGUUUAUUGAGAAUACAAAAAACACGUAUGUCUCUACAUUUGUGAAUUCAGAAUCAUCCAUGACAUCAUUAGUGUUGACAGCAUAUUUACAUCACCUUGUGGCACUUGAUAAAUUCACUUGUUUAACAAGACAGCAGUAUUUGCACUUAAUGACUGUGUUUCAAUGACUCCACCUGAAAAUAAAGUUUAAUCUCAUAAAUAUAAA